AUGUUAGCGAAUGGCGUAUUGCCACCCUCUCUCCGUCGACUGACACUCAGAAACAACAACAACACAUGGCCAGAAACCCUACCAGCAUCUCUCACCUCCCUGUCAUUUUUGGUCUACAGCCCAUUGUUACGGUUGGGCUACCUACCCCCUACGCUCACCGAGCUGCUACUCGGUCGCUACGCCCUCAAUGAACUACAGCCUGGUGCGCUGCCCGACUCAUUGAUCACACUAACUCUAGGUGAUGGGUUCAAUCACCGAUUGCUUCCUGGUACUCUGCCUCAAUCCCUUCGGAAACUCAGAUUUGGCUCGUGCUUCAACAUUAAGAUCACAGCAGGUGUACUCCCUGCAUCACUCAAAUCACUCAAGUUUGGCCAUGAUUUCAGCGAGCGUUUUGAUCAUGGUGUUCUUCCAGCAUCUAUCAUACGAUUGUCCUUUGACCAAGUUUACCCAGUGCAACUCACCGAGGAGGUCCUGCCCGCGUCACUCACCAAGCUGACUGCCCCGUCUGGUACACUGAAUCUGAGUUGUGGCAUGCCUCAAUCACUUACUCAUCUAAAGUACGUCCCCCUCGGCCCUCCGUUAAAACAGCUGACACCAGCCAAUAUAUUGCGGCUAACUCUGGGUAACGAGUUUGAUAUGGCACUCUCGGUCGGGCAGCUCAGCGACUCUCUCACUGCACUGUCUCUGGGUCGCCGUUUCCACCAGGUUUUGGUGCCUCAUGCGCUACCCCAUUCAUUGCUCUCACUACACCUUGGAUUCUCGUUCAAUCAUCCAAUCGAGAGAUGGUCACUGCCGCAAUCACUUACCCAACUCACGUUUGGCAUGAAGUACAACAAGCCCAUAAUGGAACAACUACUUCCCGACAGCAUAACAGAGUUGACAUUUGGCUGUAUGUUCACCAGUUUGAUCGCACCUUGCUCUCUGCCAAAGUCAUUGCGCGAUCUAUACAUCCAUAGUGAUGCGUUAGCCAUAUUCAAGACAUAUUUCAACAAGACACUGGCAGUCGAUCCUUCUCGCCACACUGUUCACCGUCUCAGCAUUGAGAACUUCUACAACAAUUUAUUCAUUGAGAUACUUGCCAUCCAAAGUGUAUUGAACUAUCACCUGAUAUUGGACAAUCGUAUGGUCGUCUGUCGCAAGAUCAACGAACAUACUGUGGCAUAUGUAGUCAGAGGUCUAGAUGGUGGACCAGUGACAGACAUCACUCGCCACGCAUCAGAGGACAACAUACGCAACCUACUGGAACGAAGAACAUGCCGUGGAUGGGGCUUCUUCCCAAUGCCAUCACCACAAAGCAAACACUCAAUUGGAGUUGACAAGGUUUGA